CAAAAUAAACCACCACUCACAACGCUUAUAUGUAUAGAACUGUGUCUUGUUAGUUUGUUUAAUUAUUUUCUGUUUGAAUAAGUCUUCUAAUUAGUAGGAGCAACGACUAGUUAGACUUAGUAUUAGCUGCUAUCUUUUAGGAAUUAGUUUUCCCAUAUUCUUAGGAAUUUCUGUUGUAAGUCAUGGCUAUAUAUAUAGCUAAAAUGUGAAAUAAAAAAAAUUAUUUCUCACAAACUACAGAUUCAAGCUUCACUCUUCACAUUUGGUAUCAGAGCCUCUUCACAGGGGCCUGAGUUUUGUGAGAGAUAGAGACAACAGUUUCUAACAAAGUGAGAAAGAGAGAUAGAGAUGAGAAGUGAAAAAGACAAUUUCGUCAUCAUCCCCAAAUUUGAUGGUGAUUAUGAGCAUUGGAGCAUGCUCAUGGAGAAUAUGAUCAGGCCUAAAGAAUGGUGGCACCUGAUUGAAACUGACUAUGUUGAGCCAACUCGAGGAGAGGUUCUCAAUGGAGCACAGAGACAAGCACUGGCAGACCUUAAGCUUACUGAUCUUAAGGUCAAGAAUUAUUUAUUCCAAGCUAUAGAUAAAUCAAUUCUCAAAACCAUAAUUCAGAAGAAUACAUCUAAGCAGCUGUGGGAUUCUCUCAAAAUCAAGUAUCAGGGAAGUGAGCGUGUUCAAAGGGAGCAACUGCAACGCCUUAGAAGAGAUUUUGAAAUAUUAGAGAUGAAGGAGAAUGAGACUAUCACAGAGUAUUUUUCGAAGGUACUCUUGGUGGCAACAGAGAUGAGAAACAUGGGAGAAGACAUGCAAGACAACAAGAUAGUGGAUAAAAUAUUGCGUACUCUUUCAGAAAAAUUCACCUACGUGGUAUGCUCGAUCGAAGAGUCAAAAGACAUUAGCAGCCUAUCUGUUGAUUCGCUACAAAGUUCUCUACGGUGUCACGAACAAAAAAUCAACAGACACCAGACCAAAGGUUCCACCAGCGAGGAACAUGUCUUGAAGAUCUCAUCAGAAGAAGGAAGGUUUAGUGAGACACAAGGAAUAGGCAGAGGUGCAUUCCGAGGACGAGGCAGAGGUCGUGGAAGAGUGGGAAAUCUCUAAUUGAAUGUUACAAAUGUCACAAGCUGGGG